CAGCUUUACAAGUGAUGUUGGAAGGAUUGAAUCCUGAAAAGAGAGUAACACAGGAAUCCCGUUCUGAAAGUGCGAGUACCAUCUCAGCAGUUGACGACAACGAUUAUGGUAUAUUGUCAUCAUCUGCCUCUUCUUCUUCUUCAUUGACAUUUUCCGACAACACGUCAUGCUUAGACUUUGGUUCUAAAUUGUCAGUUUCAUCAAGUAACUCUUCAUUAGUUAGCUCUCCUGUUCAACCAUAUCCUCCAUUCGAUCCUUAUCUCAAUGGACUGCUUCCAGCAUUGCCGUUGUGUUAUCCCCGCAUUUCUAUGUAUCCUUACCUCGAUGUGCAGCCCCUGUGA